UUCUGGAUUUUCUGAAAAUGUUAUAUAGAGCCAGUAAAAAAAAAAGUGUGAGGUUGAACAUUUCCUGUUUCUUCUUUCAGGUAGUGAUACAGAAGGCAUGUCAGAGCUCAGAGGAUGUUCUCCCAGAGAGGCUGAAAUGAGCUGAACUUCUAUCAGAUUUUAUCGUCACGUCUAUGUGCUUCACCAGCAGCGAGAAACAACAAUGAUGCAACUCAGCAUGAAGACGUAUCUGGUUCUGCUAUUGGGAAUAUCUGUUUUGUAUGCUUUGGAGACUGACAUGAGUGCUUCCACCACAGAAACAAGCAGCAUUAACUCAACUGCUGAGCCUCACAAGCCUGCAGAGAUUAGUGUUGCUUCACAGGCAGAGAUCACUGUGCCACACACAGUAAAAACGGAAGAUGUGAUCGCCACUUACAGAAGUGACGUGGUUACAGUGAACACUGUAGCAGCGACUACAAGCAGAACAGAGCCACAGCUGCUUCACACCUCCACAGCAGUGGUAACAACUGCAGGUGCAGCAAAUCCUUCCCACAAUGCGAUGAUCUUAGAGAUGGGAAACCCUACAGAGGUUCAGAUUCAUCAACAGUCACCCACCACUCCUACUGACUUGACUGCUCCUGCAACACCUUCAGCAACAGCUUCUGAAGUUACAGUGGCCGUGUCUCCACUGCAGCCUUUGUCCACCACUAAGCCUGAAGUUACAUCAGAGUCAUCCCCCAUCACCUCUCCUGAAAAUGUUCAGACCCUCAGCGGUCCCUUGGCUUCUGCUACAACCACAGUGACAGCUGACCCCACCUCUGAGGCAGCACCUGACCCCACAAUGAGUGAAACUUUCACUACCAGCACAGAACUUUUGUCUACGUCUGAACUUGUUUCUGUGACUAAAACCCCAAUCUCCUCAUCACAGUUUCCUCACACAGCAGGGUGGAGCUCUACUGCUGAGUCCCCCACCAUGUCAUUCUCAACCGAAUCUCCCAUUUCCACCACCAAAGAAUCCACCACCAAAGCCUCCACCACAAAAGAAUCCACCACCAAUGUCUUCUCCACAACCAAAGAAUCCACCACAAAUGUCCCCACCACCAAAGUCUCCACCACAAAAGAAUCCACCACCAAUGUCUUCACCACUAAAGAAUCCACAACCAAAGAAUCCACCACAAAUGUCCCCACCACCAAAGUCUCCACCACAAAAGAAUCCACCACCAAUGUCUUCACCACCAAUAUCUCUACCAGUCCUACAGCAAUAUUGAUCCCUCGUGUACCCAAGAAGUUGCCCGUCCUGACCACCAAAUCAGCUCCGGUAACUACAACAGCCCCUCGCAAAGUCUCAAAGAGCACACCCGUUGCCGAGGUCAAACCCUGCUCCACCCGGCACCUGGCGAAGAACUGCCUCAUCGCCGUCGCCUCCCUGGCUGCAUUGGCCACCGUCUUCAUGGUCUCUACCAUCGUCCUCUGCACCAAGCUGUCAACAAGGAAGUACAAGAUUAAAAAACCUCAGCCGGCAACGGAGAUGAUGUGCAUCUCGUCCCUGCUGCCUGAGAGGAACAUCACCUACUCAAGACAACGCAAUCCAGUCACCAACGGAGUCCUGGUGAUCCACAGUGCUGCAGACAGCGAUGAAGACGGAGGGGAUAACCUCACUCUCAGCAGCUUCCUUCCAGAAAAUGACCGCUUUGUUUGAAUGGCAUCACUAUUAUUGUCAGCAGACCUGUUUGAUGUCAGCGAAGCGGAAACAGUCGCUAUUUGAAUAAACUCGUGCCUCCCAUUUGAGGUUGGUGGUUUGGCUUCGCCGCACAAUUCAUUGCUGUGGAGGAAGAGAUGUAGAUCCACAAACAAAACCAAAACAAUACUGUUCAUGUACCAUUAAUGUAUCUGGUGUUUGGUGGGAAAAGGUCAUCAAAUGUAUAUUUAAGGAAAGAGUUGAGACUUUUUUUGCAUAACUUUACACUUGCCUUCCACAAGAGUCUAAGUCAGGAUGAAGAGUGGGAUCAAAGAUUUUUUUUGGAACAUCCUGAGCUGAGCUGUGAUGGUAUUUCACUUAGCAAUGGGAGACAGGAAGGCUUGUUUUGUCAAGGGAUUAGUGUUCAUCGCAGACACAGUUCAGUUUACAAGUGGUGUCCUGGUAGCACUGAGUCUUCAUUGUAUGAACGAUGUAAUUUGAAUAAUGAUAAACUGUAUGUGACUCUGUUUAUGUGUGUUUAGAUGCAGCUUUUGUAUUGUGAUAAUUUAUUAAACUAACGUCUUAUUUAACGGUUUGGUAACUCUUUAUUUUACAGGUCUGUAGUUGCCUGAUCAUUUUUAUUUUUUACUAAUUUUAGAUGGAGACGAAGUUUAGAGACUGUUGUUGAUUUCCAGACAAAUUUCCUUAAAAUAAAUACUAGAAUAGAACAAAAAACUUAAAAUAAAUACUCAAAAAUCUGAAGAGUCUUGGUCACACUAGCUUAGCAUUUAACUGGAAUUGAUUAAUGAUUAUGAUUAUUUGACAUAACGGACCAGUAAAAGAAGGGGUUAUCAAAGUGUUUCCUUUCCUUUCUUAAAACAAAUAGCUGUUCACUUUGAGAUUCAAAAUAAGAACUAUUUAUUUAGAUGAACUUUGUGCUGCAAAUGUUCAACACAAAAGCUCAUGUGAAAAUCAGUGAAACACAAAACAGCUCUGUUUCUAUUUUGCUAAAGGUGUUCAAUGUCCUUAUGUGUCCCUAAAUGGUAAACAGUCAUAAUAAAACUGAGCACUCUGUGGACCAGUUCAGUUCCCUUAUUAAUGACAGGCUUUAUAAAAGGCUUUUUCUUCUAUGCUGGACUGGAUUUCAUACUCACUUCCCUUCCAGUGAAAAGAAAACAGAGCCCUGAAUGCUCAUCAAGGCUUUUUUUCAUUCCACGUUGAGCUAUGUGCAACUGAAAAAGACACUGGUGACUAUCAACAGAGCUGAGACAAAUGUAAACCUGGAGAAGCAGGACCUCAUUUCACUCUCCUGAUGACCAUAUAAAGCUGGACUUGUCUUGACUGAUCACAAACACUGUAGAGUUGCCAAAAAUGCAUCCAUUUGCGCAUGUACACAAUAACUUGUAGGGCUAACUCGUACGCAGUCCCACUCUCUCCCUAAAGUGGUCACACACGCUGUGUGUGAGUCUAAUUGUUUGUCCGUGGAGAAAAUUCUGCCUUCUGACUGUUUUUUUGUCUGCACAGGAAACAUUAACCUCUUCCUGCAUUAGCUGGUCACUCUUACAAGCUCUCUCCCACUCGUUUUGUCCCAGGUGGCCUUCUGUUAGUCAUCAGAGGCUGAGGUUGGCGAAAAGGAUCAGAGGCUCUAUCUGCAGUAAUCAUGGAGAAAUAUUUGAAAUGAGAACAAAUGUUGCAGACGAGGAUGUUUGAGGGUUUGUUCGUGAUGUUUUUUCUUUUGUCAUAAAGUUGUUUUUGUUCAUUCCACUGGUGUUGUCUUAGCCUUGCAUAUCCAUUUAGCCACACCGGAGAUUGGGUUAGAGGGUCCCUGCCCCCACAGCACAUUAUAAACUCCUACCUAACAAGAACAAUCUGUGAGCAGG